AAUGUCUUAGCAAUCACUAAGUUAGUUUUCAUAACAUAGUUAACAACAAUAAUAAAAUUAGUAACCAGGUUAGAAAAUUGGAAGUUCUAUAGAAGAUAUAACAUAGGAUUUGGAGGAAUUAUUUGAAUCUCUUAAGAGUAAAUCAUAAUUAAAGAUAUUUUAUAGUCGAUAAAUAAGGAUAGUAAGUAGAUUAGAUAGAGAAAUCUACAUUAUUAGCAUUACUUCUAUAUUUGAAUAUUGAUAAAUCAGAAGCUUAAUUUUUUAAUUAUGUUGUUAGAACAUUAGAUCAAAUGUAAUCUGUAAUUAAAUAUUGAAACCAUUUUAGACGACUUUAAAUAAGGAGUUUUUCAAAUCUUUAUUUUUGGAUCCUUAAAUUAAUACAGAUAAUUUAAAAAGCGAAGAAUUUGCAUAAAUUUUUAGUGUUUUUGAUUUACAGAAAAAAGGAUCAUUUAGUGCUGAAGAUUUCUUAAGAUUGUAUAAAGAGACAUCAGAAUAUUUGAAUUUAAAUGAGAAUUAAAAAUAAUAAGUAGAAGCAAGAAUAAGAAAGGAUUUUGAAAUUAUUAGUCCUGAACAUAAAGAAAUUACACCAAUUGAAUUCUUUAAGAUAAUCAAUAAUUGA